AUGGGGGUAGGGUCGCAUCACUCCCCUCCCGUGGUGCGACGGCCGCAGUCUCAGGGUAAACGAAGUCUGCUAUCCAUCCGUAGUCGACGAAAAACUGCAACAUCUUUUUUGAUAUCGUUCGGCGGCGCAGCACACACUGCCAACAGCUUCUUGGUGUCGGCGAAUAAGAGACACCGACAACCAGCGACAUCGAUACCCUCGUCGGGUGGGAAUGCAACCGAUAACUAUAGUACAACGAGCUCUACAACUACGCCGAAGUAUCCACUGCAGCAAAACGCCGCGCAAUGGGUUGAGCCGUUUACCUGGAAUCUAGCCACCGGUUUGACAGACUACGAUACGGACAAGUGGGUCGUGGGUAUCUUCAUCUAUCCUCUUCUACUCUCGUAGAGGUAGUGGGAGAGCAGUUCGAGUGUUCAACAUCUAUUCUAAUUCUGGCUUCGUAAAUCGCCCAUUUUGUCCACUAUCAGGCUAAUGAAUAUUCUGUGAAGAUGUUCUUCUUGUUACAAAUUCUCAGCUCGGGGCAUUCCAGCCGGCUACGUACUGUAUCGAAAGUCUGGUUGUUAUCUAGAAGGCGGAAGUAAUGUGCAGAGCAUCGAGGAUGUGCCAAGCAUCGGGGUAGAAGACGACCUGAGGGCGCCGCCGCUUCCCAGCAAUCCGCUGGUCACAAGAUCAUUCGACUUCAACCGGCGAGGCGAUACGACAAUAGUACAUUAUGCCCUGUAAGGGUUAAAACUCAACAUCUCCUCCUCACCCUUAAACUCAUCGUGCACGCUACUUGUUGUUAUGUGGCUCAUCAUGAUGUAUGUAGUAAUCAAUUGCUGUGCAGCGUCGAAAUGACAUGAGUCGCCACUUCAUCUUAACUAAAUGUUGGAAGGAUCGAUGAAACAGGGCCUGCUUGCCCUACUAUACUAGUACCAGUAGAAGUAGUCUGGUUGUAUAUAACCUGCAAGUGCAUCUCAGUUUCUAUGAUCUUCCAUGCGAGGACGAGCAGGACGACUUCUAAUAUUUGCUGGCAGAGUGGUGCUCAGCCCGUGACGGAAAGUCAAAUUCGACGCAUUGGAGUGAUGUUUGGACUGACCAGAUGGAAAAUUGUACUGCUAUUGUCCUCCGACGCUUCGAUAACGACAACGCAUUUGGAAAAAACGCCAGUGUUGUGUAUGAGGAAGAUUUUUUUCUCAUGGAAAAGUAACAGUCGUAGGUAAACACCAGAGUAGUAUGAGUUUUUGACAGUGGUCGAAUAGAAGGAGGGGUCGCUUCCCCUCAAUUGCUCUCAUUUCUUCAAUCAAGCAGAGCAAGGCCACGCGCAGACGGAAACAGUCUAGAAAAUAUGACGUCUCUUUGUUUGCAUGAUACUUAGUUAAGCAGACUAAACCACAUGGAAUUCCGAGUUUCCUCUCCUGCCCUUGCACGUUCCCCAAUUAUCGCCCGAAUGCCAUCAUUCAUGAUCUAAGGUUGCUUGGUGACGACCCAAAAUUUACGCACGUAGCGCUUCGCCUCCUGCAAAAUCACACAAUCGGGUUUGUUAAGCAAGAUGGGACCUGUGCGCAAGUCGAAAACGUGGCGACCUAUGUGAAGCUUGCACCGUGUAUUUUCUCCUUGAUUUUUGUUCUCUUUCUGUGACUUUAUGAUCUGUGUCAUAAUUUGGGUGUGAACGUCUGAAUUAUUGAAAAAGUGUUUUAUUAGCUGCCAUCAUUAUUUUCGAUUUUGCUGACUCCUGAGACUGAGACGACAUGAACGAAAUCAAAAAUCGACCGAUGCUAUCGGAGUAGACUGCGCUUGUUUUCUACUUCUAGUACUCCUACGUUCUUGUACUACCAGAUGGCAUGCGUGGGAUCUACGGCAACUUCGUCACUGGUUUGGGUACGUUGCGAUCUCCACCGCAACUUGAAGAAGACCUACAAACCAGCAUUGGCAAUCCAACCACGUUUUCGAAUCUUCCAGAAAAGUACGCGCAAACAGACCCGGCAGUUUGCACUGCGAAAUGCGCCGCCAGCACAACAUGUGUAGCCUUCGUCCAUGCCGACGAAAAGUUCUGCUUAUGACGCGAAGUACUUUUUAAUUGUUGAUAGGUCCAUGAAAAAAUGUCUUGAACGUGAGAGAUAUUUCUUGUGUAAAUCUAAAAAAUCUCUGAUGUGGAUGUGAAGCAUUGUAGCAGGAGCAGAGGCGCACAGCGCGCCGUCUUCUGUUGGAUGACAAGCACAACCCAAUAUACUUCUCGUCCUCCGCGUCCUGGUUCUAUUUUCAUUCCCUCUGUUCGGCACCGGUCUGCGCAGUAGGACGGAAAUAGAAGCCGAUGACGAUAGUGGAUCCUAUUCGUGCAGCGGCAACGGGCUUACUGACGCAACGCACUGCGUCACCUACGUUCCUGAUCCUAAAGUUGUGGCUGCUCCAUCGACACUGCCGAGGUGAAGCACCACAACUAGGCUAAAGUUGCAGACUUCACAUUGUAAAUCAUUUUAGAUUUUUGCAUGCCAGCUACAGACAUUCAGUCCUUUUAUUCCUUUCGACUGAUUCCAGACUCGCCGUUCCGCAGAAUCCAUGGGAAUUCCAGGUUUCAUCUUCAAGACCAUUCCGAGAAUACUAUGUUAUACGAAACCGAAGAGUAAGAGUAAAAGUUAGUUUGUAUUUGUAAGUGUAUCCAGGCGAC